AAGAAUACAAAGAUUGUAAACAAAUAAUGUGAAAAUGACGAAAUAAGUUUAAAACAAAAAAAGUGACGUCAAAUUUAGCUUUAGUACAAAAUUGUGUCAAGCAUGUCUGGAGAUUGUUUUUCUAAACUGCCUUUGUAUGGCAAAAUUUUCUAUCUGGACACUCCAAGCUACAAACACAACAAGCAGUUGCAAUCCAGGUUGAAAAGAUUAGGAGCGACAAUUGAACCCUUCUUGACAAACAGCAUCACAUAUUUUGUCACCGACACAAAACAAGAGUGCAAAAGUAAAAACGAAAAAGACCUCAAUGAAAGCAACACGUGUCAAACGCCAUUUCCUUACCAAAUUCAAACAAGAGCCUACAAAAUGAUGUCAAAAAUUACACCAAAUCCUAAAGAAUCUACUGUCCAAAGAGCACGAAGGUUGAAGCUAAAUGUUCAGCCACUAAAUAAAGUUCUAUUCUGGCUUUUAGAUAUUGAAAAAGCACAAAAUAAAAGUUGGUCUAAAUCUUUUGAUGUUACAUCAAAACGUCAUAAAUUUUCUUCGUUAAAAGGAUUUUUUAUUAAAGUUGAGGAUUUAUCAAGAUUUAACAAAACGUUUUAA